UUUACGUUCUUGUUUUUUUUUUUUUUUUUUUCCUUUUCCACUUCAUAAUUCUCUCUACGUAAUCCGCUGUAUGUUCUCGCACUAGCUGGGUCCAAAAAUGGGGAAACGAGAAUUCUGGAUGAAGGGGAUCUUCCCACCAUGUCAUAAGGAAUAUGGAAUAGGAAGCCUACCUCCCAUUACACAAAUCUCUAGGCAGCUAGGAAAGGCAUUUCAGGUUGCUCUCAAGGACAUACGAUGCCACACCUAUCUGAGGAUGAGGAAAACCCAAGUCAAAGUCAGAAACAAGAAACAGCUAAAAGAGCGGACCACCGAUCGAAGAAUCAGCUACAUCAAAUGGAAGGCCAGAUAUGCCCAGCGCAUGCUCAGGCGACAGGUCACAUUCAAGAAGUUUAGUAGCCUCCCUACUGAAAUUCGUUUGAAGAUAUGGGAGCAGUAUGUCCUCACUCCUCGCAUCAUCAAGGUUGUUUACGACCUAGAGUUUAGGUUGUGUGGCCACGGGAACACCUUAAAGAUAGAUGGAGUUAAGCGAGGACAGGUUUGCCCUCUGCUGCUAGUCAACCGCGAAAGCCGGUACGCCGCACUGAGAGAGCCGUUACUCCUCUUUAGCUUCUCCCAAACUGGGGAAUAUUCUCUGCACUUUGCCAUCAGGCCUCAUGACAUCAUGUUCUUUCAUCACAACGUGGUUCCUUGCCCAUGGAUGUCCAUGCAAGGCGACACAUCGAAGAUCGCCAACAUCAUGUUUCAUUGGGAGUUUAUGCCUACUGGGGAUCCCGACGAUUUAGAAGAACACUUCAUGGACAUCUUGGGGAAGGGCGUUUACCUUAUCAAUCAAUUUCGGGCCUGGGAUAGUUUGCAGAACUUGUACUUCCUUGUCGAAAACUCGCGCGCUUGCUUGCACCGGCGUUUUGGGUGGGAUGACUUGCAUGAAGCUGCGUCGCAUCAGUUCUCGAAGCAUAACCUGUGGAUGACGUUUCCUGAGCGGUUUCGCCAGAGUCAUGCAACAUUACUAACCCCCCUCUCCUUUUGUAAUCCCCCAAAGUUGUUGAAAUUACGUGAAGUGUGGAAGACCGUCAGCAUAAAGUGAGAGAAGAUCAUGUUCCUCCUGAUUGCCGUGGAGCUUCCGCGGCCGAGAGCGUUCUUUUUUGUUUUCUUAGACAAUUUAAAAUACACCUCUAGGAAAGUACAAAUGUUGCAUUUAAGUCACUGCUACAUCAAAAGGGGCCCAUUGCAACAUUGUUAUCUCGUUCAAAAUGAAUAUUCACCGCACUUCUUGGCUUUAGACAAGCGUCCCAAAAGCCCGUAGGUUGUU